CCACUGCACAAUGAGUACUUUCACUUCUGAUACUUAACAUUUUGCUUAUAGUACAAACUAGAAAUAACGGCAGAAUACUUUGUGUUAACAUGCUAACACGCUCAGCUGAAAAACAUUAUUUGACAUCAUUUUGAAAUAUUAAUUUGACAUUGACUUCAACUAUAUGGGAUAAACAGAUUUGUAAAGAUGGUUGGAGUAAGUGGGAGGGGAGAGAGAGAAAGAGAUCAAGAGAUGGAUAAAAGAGGAUAAGCACCCAGAUCAUCUCAGUCAGCUGCAUUAGAGGAUGAGAGUCACUUCCUACCUCUUUACUGUGUUUGUGGGUCAUCUGUAUGAAUGUUGACAUGAUUUCUUUCAGAAUCAGUCUGAAAACAUUUCCCAUCCGUGCAUGCAUGUUUACUCAUUUGUACAUCUUGUGUGUGUGAGAUCAAGGUUGUGUGCAAGAUGCCAGCUGUGUAUUUGGUGUUGAGAGUUGCCAGGAUGUCUCUCCGAGCAGGGUGAUUGAUUUUAGGUUCAAGUCCGUACGCAUUCAGCAGCACAAUGUUGACCCACCUCAGAGCCCGCAGCAGGAGUUUGUUCCCCAGCUACAAGCCCGGCAGCCGGACUGAAGCCCUCAAAGAUCCGGUUGACUAUCUGGACUUCACCAACACCUUUGUUAAGCCAUGGAACUCCAUGCAGGAUCUGGGCAGAGACAUCUACGAUCUUUAUGCCGAGUAUGAAAAUGAGGGGGAGGAAGAUCGACUGCCGGUGUCUCCCUCCCACCUGCUGCUCUCUCCAACCAAACACUUCUCUCUCAACAUCAACGUCGGAGGAUCGGUGUACUACUUGCCCUACAGGUUAGCUGCCAGGUAUCCGAAGACACGGAUUGGCCAGUUGGCCACGUACACAGACCACAGCAGGAAGUUGGACCUGUGUGACGACUACCUCGUCCAUAGCAACGAGUACUUCUUCGACCGGGACCCUAAAAUCUUCCACAACAUCUUCAACUUCUACAGAACUGGAGUGUUGUGCAUUAAAGACGAUCUGUGUCCCCGCAACUUCCUGGAGGAGAUAAACUACUGGGGCGUCAGGAUCAAGAACAGCCAACGCUGCUGCCGCAUCUCCUUCGAAGAGAGGCAGGACGAGCUGAACGAUGAGCUGAAGAUACAGAGAGAGCUGAUAGCAGAGCUGGAGAUGGAGGAGAACGAGGAGUUAUUCGACGGCUUGACCUUCGGGUCGACCCGGAGGAGCAUCUGGAACCUGAUGGAAAAGCCGUUCACCUCGGUCACCGCCAAGCUGAUGGGCGUCGCCUCCUCCAUGUUCGUGCUGGUCUCGCUGGUCGCCAUGACGCUCAACACCGUGGAGGAGAUGCAGUACAAGACGGCGUCGGGCCAGCUCAGCGGCAGAUUCUAUGGCGAGUACGCGGAGUCGUUCUGCAUCACCUUCUUCACCCUGGAGUACCUCCUGCGCCUGCUGUCCACCCCCGACCUCAAGUGUUUUGGACGCAGCGUGCUGAACAUCGUCGACCUGGUCGCCAUCCUGCCGCACUACCUGCAGAUGGUCCUGGAGCGCUUCGAGGAUGAGGACAUUCACCCACACGCGGGAGACAUCGAGAACGUGGGGCGUGUCGGGAAGGUGGGUCAGGUUCUGAGGAUCAUGCGCCUGAUGCGAAUCUUCAGGAUCUUGAAGCUGGCUCGUCACUCGACAGGCCUCAGAGCCUUUGGCUUCACGCUGAGACAGUGCUACCAGCAGGUGGGCUGUUUGCUGCUCUUCAUCAUCAUGGGCAUCCUCAUAUUUUCAGCCAUGGUGUACACUGUAGAGCACGACGUUUACAACACCAACUUCACCUCCAUUCCACACGCGUGGUGGUGGGCCGCUGUGAGUAUUUCCACGGUGGGCUACGGCGACAUGCUCCCCGAGACCAACCUGGGCCGCAUCUUCGCCUUCGCCUGCAUCUCCUUCGGCGUCAUCCUCAACGGCAUGCCCAUCUCCAUCCUCUACAACAAGUUCUCCGACUAUUACACCAAGCUCAAGUCCCACGAGUACGCCGCCGUCACCAAGGCCCGCGGGAAGGUGCAGUUCGCCAAGAGGGCGGCGAAGAGGUUGGCCGAGUACUGCGAGGACGUCGUGCAGCCGAGGACGUCACACCUGCAGUGUGAGCCAGGUGUUAGAUAUCCACAGUAAGAUUUGUCUGGAAGGUAGGACGGACAGUCAGGGAUGGGAAUUGAACCUGUGACAUUCUGGACAGGAUAUUUUACCAUUAAGUGGCAGAGCUGGACUGCAGGAGUCGUGGCGGGUAUAACCAAUAACCUGCUGGGAAAUCUCCAACUGUCUGGACCUCAGUUUAAAAUGUCAGGACGGUAUUAAUUACGCAUCUUUUCAUCCAUCCGUCCUACAUAGCUUUAUAUUCUUGUUAAUUCUAUCCCAGCAUGCAUUGGGAGAGAGGAAGAGACACACCGUCUGAGUCAGUGGGGUUUGGACUAGAUUGAAAGACCACAUUUUGGUACAUUCUUUCUUUUCUUAUUUUAUUUUGUAUCGCCAAAACGCUAUAAACUCAUUCUUAUAUUCUUUUUAAUCUACAUACUGUACAUCUACGCUAAAGCCGUCCGUACCACCAUCAUCACCGACCUCUCCUCUUCCUCCAUCCACACUCUGUCCAUUAGUCCCUAAAGCUCACAAGUAAUCCAGGAUUCAGGAGCGAACGGCAACAGGAUGGAAAUAAAUCAUAAGUUGACGACCCGACAUCUGGACGAUGGAUAUUUGACCUGUUUAUCUUCCUCGUGCGUCUCUCUCUCUUUCUAAUAAUAAACCUAUGUCUCUUUA